UGAAUGACACUGAUCUCUUUUAGGUUUUAAGUUUUAACACAAAAUCACACACAGUGGGCGAGCCAAUGGCGACGUUGACGAAAAUUCCGUUGACUUCUCUGUAUUCCGCCGAUAGGUCGGAGCUCUGCUCGCUGAAAUUCUCCGCCGCCAGGCGAUCUCUCAGAGCUAGAACGCUAGCUAGUGAGAAUGCUGUUCGAAUCGGCUACGGCAGUAAUGGUGGAAUUGUGUGUAAAGCGGCGACUGAAGGCCUUAACAUUGCUGAAGAUGUUAGCCAGCUUAUUGGGAAGACACCAAUGGUUUACCUAAACAACAUUGUAAAAGGUUGUGUCGCAAAUGUUUCUGCAAAGCUUGAGGUUAUGGAGCCAUGUUGCAGUGUCAAGGAUAGGAUAGGAUACAGUAUGAUAGCUGAUGCUGAGAAAAGAGGCCUUAUAACUCCGGGAAAGAGUGUUCUGGUUGAAGCUACGAGUGGAAAUACUGGAAUCGGCCUUGCUUUUAUAGCUGCCUCUAAAGGAUACAAGCUCAUCUUGACAAUGCCGACGUCCAUGAGUCUUGAGAGGAAGGUUCUCUUGAAAGCUUUUGGAGCUAAGCUUGUUUUAACUGAUGCAGCCAAAGGCGUGAAUGGGGCUCUUCAAAAAGCUGAAGAGAUAUUGAAAAGCACCCCUAAUGCCUAUAUGCUUGGACAGUUCGAUAACCCUGCAAACCCCCAGAUUCACUAUGAAACCACUGGCCCAGAGAUAUGGGAAGAUACAAAAGGCAAGGUGGAUAUACUUGUUGCAGGCAUUGGCACCGGUGGAACUAUUUCGGGCACUGGUCGUUACCUCAAAAAACUCAAUCCAAAUGUCAAGGUUAUUGGCGUGGAACCAACAGAAAGUAAUAUACUAACUGGCGGCAAUCCCGGUCCUCACAAAAUUCAAGGGAUUGGAGCUGGUUUUAUCCCAAAGAAUUUAGAUCUAGAAGUCGUCGAUGAAGUUAUAGCUAUAUCCAGCGAUGAAGCAGUAGAAAUUGCAAAGCAACUGGCUCUUCAAGAAGGACUAUUGGUGGGUAUUUCUUCUGGAGCAGCAGCUGCUGCUGCUAUAAGGGUUGCAACGAGACCUGAAAAUGCUGGCAAACUUGUCACGGUUGUGUUUCCCAGCUUUGGGGAAAGGUACUUGUCCACAGUUCUUUUCGAGUCCAUACGGGAAGAAUGCUUGACGAUGCAACCCGAAGAAUGAAUCUCAUCCGCAGCAUUUUCUUCACCCGCAACAAGUCAUACAAGAUUUUGAUUUGCUGCAUGUCUUCCAAGUGGAGCAGGUCAGAUUAUUUCUUCAUCGCUGCAACUGAAUGCAGUAAAUUUGUGUUAAGAUUUGAUGGAUUUUUUUACAUCCCAAACAAAUGGGAUGUUGUAUGUGUGUUGUAACAAGAAAUAAAAUGGAGAUUUAUCCAAAAUAGUCAGAAAUGCCUAUGUAUGCAACAGCACAUCUGGAGGACUGUAAGUGCCUAUGAGUCCAGAUUCCA